AUUUAAAAAAUUAGUAAACUAAAAUAAAUUCCCCGCCUUAUCAUAAAACAUAUGUUAUCUGGCAUCACUUGAAUCAUAUGUCAGAAAAUUUCCUUUUCUAGACGAGCACCUUUUUUUCAUUUCAGAAACUCAAGCAGUAUAUAAAAAUAAGGACGCGUUUAGCAAACACAGAAUUUAUAUAUAAUCAAAUCAUAUAGACCUCAGCGCCAACGCAUUCGCUAGCACGAGUAUCAAACCCCCUAUAAAGGAAGUGCAGCAUACGAAUCAGUGAUAAAGGAAUAAAAAAUUGUGAAGAAAAUUCAAGGGAAAAUUACUGGAAACAUGUCGGCGGCGCAAGUUGAAGUGCAGCAAAACAACGAGGAUAAAACAUUGGAUGGAGUGAGUAAAGCAGCCGCUAAAGGCACCGACUCAACCGCCUCCACCCUCAAUAAUGCGUUGAAUGAGAAUAAUAAUGCAGUGGAAAAGACCACUAAAAUGGAUACAUCAACAACAACGCAAGAGGCAACUAACAAUGGUGUCGAUGAACAAAAGGAUUUAGCAGAAAAUUACAAAAAUCAGGGAAAUGAACUGUUAAAGAAUAAGGAAUUCACUAAAGCAAUUGAAAUGUACACGAAAGCUAUAGAGUUAUGCCCCUGUGCAAUAUACUAUGCCAACCGUUCACUAGCUCAUCUGCGAGAAGAGAGUUUUGGUUACGCUCUGCAAGAUGGUAUCGCCGCUGUCAAAGCGGAUCCAACGUACUUGAAGGGCUAUUACCGUCGUGCCGCAGCUCAAAUGUCACUUGGUAAAUUCAAGCAAGCGUUAGCCGACUUUGAAUAUGUCUCAAAAUGUCGACCCAAUGACAAAGAUGCUAAACUUAAGUAUACGGAAUGCAAUAAAAUAGUUAAAAUGCGUGCUUUCGAACGUGCCAUCGCGGUUGAUACACCCGAAAAAACGUUAGCCGAAAUGUACAAAGAAUUAGAAGAUAUAGCUAUCGAAGAUGCUUAUACGGGGCCGGCCCUCAAAGAUAACAAAGUCACAUUGGAAUUCAUGUUGGAACUAAUGGAGCAUUACAAAAACCAAAAAAUCUUGCACCGUAAAUACGCUUAUAAAAUACUCUGCGAUGUUGACGAAUAUAUGCGGACGCAACCCUCGCUCGUUGACAUUAAUGUGCCCGAUGAAUCGAAAUUUACAAUUUGUGGCGAUAUUCAUGGUCAGUUCUAUGAUCUUAUGAAUAUCUUCAAAAUAAAUGGCUUGCCAUCGCCGACGAAUCCAUAUCUAUUCAAUGGCGAUUUCGUUGAUAGAGGCUCAUUUUCUGUUGAGUGUAUAUUCACACUUUUCGGUUUUAAACUUUUAUAUCCGAAUCACUUCUUUAUGUCUCGUGGCAACCACGAGAGCAUUAACAUGAAUCACAUGUACGGCUUCACUGGUGAAGUAUCGGCAAAAUAUACCUCCCGCAUGGCUGAUAUGUUUACGCGUGUAUUCAAUUGGUUGCCGCUAUGCCAUUGCAUUAACAAGAAGAUUCUUGUUAUGCAUGGUGGUCUCUUUUCGAGAGACAAUGUCGUUUUAGAUGAUUUACGCUGCAUCGACCGCAACUGCCAGCCACCCGAGGAGGGACUCAUGUGUGAACUAUUAUGGUCCGAUCCGCAGGCAUGGCCCGGUCGUGGACCCUCCAAACGUGGUGUGGGCAUACAAUUCGGACCCGAUGUUACAAAGACAUUUUGUAAACGAAAUAAUCUGGAUUAUGUUGUACGCAGUCAUGAAGUCAAAGAUAUGGGCUACGAAGUCACACAUGAUGGCCAGUGCAUUACAGUGUUUUCUGCACCUAAUUACUGCGAUACUAUGGGCAAUAUGGGCGCUUUUAUAACAAUAAAAGGCAAUGAUUUGAAACCGAAUUUCAAAUCAUUCGAAUCUGUGCCUCAUCCUGAUGUAAAGCCAAUGGCAUAUGCAAACAGCUUAAUGAGCAUGCUCUCCAUGUAGUUUAAGUUAACUCUGUAUAGUAAUAUAAAAUUGGGCUGGCGUUUAAGCAAGUAUUGUAUAUCUUAAACAAAGAAAACAAAAA